UACGAUACAUGUGAUUGAUCUCAUGAGAAAAAAAUAGCUAAUUUGUGAUAGUUAAUUGAUCGCGUGGUUAUAUAUUUUGUUACUAUUAUAUUCUUUAAAUAAUAAAUUUUAACUAGUUCACAUAAUGUUAUUUCAUAGUAAACAAUAUCAAAGGAAUCUAUGAAACAUAAUUUUUUUUGUAGAAUUAUAAAAGAGAAAUAUUUGCUCACAUACUCAAAGUCGUGAACAUUAUAUAGAGUGAGAUGUAUAAUCUUACAAAUUGAUAACGAUGUAAUUGCACAUAUUUGCGCCCCUAGUUCUUAUCCGUUUGAGGGGCAUAGUCGUGUAUUUUGGCCUAUUUUACGCCGGGUUGUGCUAUUUUGUCAUAUUUCAGGUCCCAGGCGUCAAAGGAAAGGCUAAGCACGAGUUUUGGGGCAUUCGGAAGUCAUUCGGUGGAGCUGGAGCCAAAACACGGGCACACCUAAAACAGAACACGGCCGUGUUCCUAGGCCGUGCUUUUACUGCCGAGAGCUGAUUUGAGUUUGGCAAACACGAGCUGAAAACAUGGGCAGGGCUGAGAAAUUACACGCCCGUGUCCACCAAAGCACGGCCGUGUCCACCCAAAAGCACGGCUGUGUUUCUCCCAACAGGCUGGCCGUGUAAUUAACCCUAGCCAAAGCACGGGCGGGCUGGAGCAAAGCACGGCCGUGCCCUCGACCGUGCUUUGCCCAGUGGUGCCUUUUUAAGCAGAUUUCAGCCAAAAGAGAGGGGGAUUUGAGUUUUAGAGAGACAGAGCGAUUCCUAGAGAGAGAAAGCGACGAACAAGAGUCUCCAAGUGCCCUAGCUUGAUCUUCAUCACCAUUGGAGCUUGGCUUGAGCUUGGAGGAGUGCCAAUCAACGUCCAGGAGCAGGAAUCCAUCCUUCACAGUAUGAAUUCCGCGUCUGAUUCUGCUUUUGCUUCUUUCUCCAUGGAGUAGUUCUCCCAUUCAUCUGGGUAUGGAGAACCCUAGAUUUGUAUGUUAGGUUUGAUUGUAUGAACCCAAGUACUGAUUCUAUGAUUUGAUUAUAUUCAAUUGAGGUUUGAAUGAUUGAAUGGCAUGAAUCCUAAUCAAAUUCCUGUUGUUUCUGCUUUAACCUAGAAUGAGAAUAUCUGCCUAGGUUGAGAGAGCAUCCUUGAUUGAAGGUAGGGAGUUGGUGACUUUAGUCGAGGAGCCAACUCACUAUUCUGUACCGAAUUCGCUUCGGUAGUGGAUGUUUUGUUGUUAGGGCUCAAUCUGUUUACUCCGGUGGAGGUUAGUCGCCCGCUAGAGACUCAGAUUGAGAGGGUCUGAAGACCUUUAAUCGAGACUUCGGGCUGUUUAAUAACCUUCCGCAUUAUAACUAUCAUAGAAACUGAACUUGGUAAUUGCAAUCCGGCUUAACUGCAGUCUAGGGGGAACCAUAUCCGGGUGACCUCUCUUAACCUGAAUACAACAGUUUACUUGCUUUGUUUGCUUGUUAGUUUAGACUUGCAUUAAAGUUUCAUUGCUAGAUAACAAGAAUUCACCGAGUAGUCAUCAAAUCUAGGACCCGGGUUGACAUUUAAACCCAAACCCGCUAUACUACACUUUAGGGAGUGGUUUCACUUGGCCAAUUCCUAGAGUGACAGUAGAAGUGAGUCAAGUUUUUGGCGCCGUUGCCGGGGACGGCUAGGUUGUUGAAGAGAAGUGAUUUCUGUUAAUUUAGCUUUUCUUUUCGCAUUGUUUGCUUUGUCCCACUUGUGCCUUCACGGGUUUGCUUGCUUGAGUGUGUGCAGGUAGUGCAUGACCCGUAGCCAGUUGGGAGGUUUACUGCCGUUGAAUCCAGAGAUUGACCGCACCUGUCGCCAACUCAGGAGACAACAGCGAGCUAGACUGGCUACGGAAGUGCGCAUAGACGGCCACCUGAGCAGCGAUUUUGAGGAAGAGUACAGGAUGGACGGAGAGUACAAUCAACACCACGGGAAUCCUCAGCAGGCUCCCCCGGUGAAUCAGGUCCUGGGGAACAACCCCAUACCCCAGGAUCAUGGGGUUCAUCAUCAUCCACUGCCGCCGGGUCCCACCUUGGAGUACUACUACACUCCACGGAUUGCUGACAUCCGCCCGGUCAUCCUCUACCCGCCUAUUCCAGCAAACAACUUCGAGAUCAAGCCAUGCUGGAUUCAGCUCAUUACAUCCUCUAUCCAGUUCCAUGGCUUGAAGGAUGAGGAGGCCAGGGUACAUCUUUCCCGUUUUCUGCAGCUGACGAACGGGUUCAAACUGAAUGGUGUCCCCGAUGAUGCAAUCCGCCUUCACCUUUUCCCCCAUUCUCUGGCAGGGAAUGCUAAGAGGUGGUUGGAGACCCAACCCCCAUUGUCCAUCACCUCUUGGGACGAUCUGGCUGACAAAUUCGUGCACAGGUACUAUCCGGCAUCGAAGACUACAGAGAUCCAGCGGGAGAUCACUCACUUCCGCCAAGAGCCAGAUGAGUCACUUCGUGAUGCAUGGGACCGGUACAUGGGAUAUUUCUGGCAGUGUCCCCAUCAUGGCUUCAGUGAUGCAUUUACAGUGGGGAACUUCUACAGUGCUCUCUCUCCAGACAGCCAGAGGGUGAUUGAGUCUCUAUGCCCAGGAGGGGAUAUUCUUACUAAGACUCCACCCGAGCUGAACCAGAUGAUCAAUACCUUGGCUGCCAGAGAUCAUUCUUGGGGACAGAGUAGCAGAGGCAGACAUUCCCGGGACCGUGGUGUGCACGCCAUGGAGACCAGAUCCGGGCUUGAGCAGCAGGUAGCUGAGUUAGUGCAGACAUUGAAGCAGCCCAACAGUCUGAUUCCGGGCAGAGGUUUGGCUACACCUCCAGUAGCUCAAUGUCAGUGGUGUGAGAGCUCAAAUCACUUAGUGGAAGACUGCCAGGCUAUGAGUGAGUCUACUACUCCCCAAGAGCAGUUGGACUUCAUCGCCAAUGCUCGGCGCCUCGACCCGUACAGCAAUACAUAUAAUGAGGGGUGGCGCCAGCAUCCCAACUUCUCUUGGGGCAGCAACACCACUAAGCCACCUGGUUUCCCAGCACCAGCUGGUGGCUUUCAGCAGAGGCAGCCCUUCCAGGCUCGACAGGGGCCAGCCCCACAGCAGCAGCCCUACCAGCCUCGGCAGGGGCAACCAUUCCAGCAGCCCCAGCGUCAGUAUGUCGAGCCAGUAGCAGCUCCUGCUCCAGAUGAUCGGAUGACAAAGCUGGAGAAUAUUCUAGCUUCAUUCAUGACUAGCACUCAGGCAACUAUCACGAGGUUGGACCAGAGUGUAGCCUCACUGGAGGCAGGUCAGAGGAACCAAGGUGCCAUUUUGCAAGAUCUGCAGCACCAGGUGGGUAUCUUGGCGAGCCAAAACACUACCAGGGCACCGGGGACUCUGCCUGCCACCACUAUUCUGAAUCCUCGUGAUCCUCACCAGCACCAGCAGCUGGAUGCCAUUUUUACCAGGAGCGGUGAGACCAUAUCUGCUGAUCCUGUCCCGGCCAGGCAGGAGGACCCACUACCUGCUUCAGCACUUCCAGCCGACGAUGCAGAAGUGUGGGUGGAGAAGGAAGCCUCUGCUCCCAAGCCACAACCAGUGGUUAAGGAGCAUGUACCUCAGCUUCCCUUCCCCACUCGCCUACACAAAGACAAGUUGGAGACUGAGUUUGCCAAUUUUAUGGCAAUGUUGAAGCAGCUCAACAUCAGCAUACCGUUUGUGGAGGCACUGUCGAAGAUGCCCAAGUACGCGAAGCUCAUGAAAGAUCUCCUCACCAACAAGAAGAAACUUGGGGAUCUUUCGACAGUGAUGCUCAGUGAGGAGUGUUCUGCUAUCCUGCAGAACAAGCUGCCCGAAAAGCGCAAGGACACAGAGAGUUUUACUAUCCCUCUUACUAUUGGCAGCAUGCAUGUAGGCAAGUCCUUGGCGGACCUAGGCGCUAGCAUAAACGUCAUGCCAUAUAAGUUGUAUAAAAAGCUAGACCUAGGUGAACUUAGUCCUACUAGGAUGAGCAUUCAGCUAGCUGAUCGUCCCAUUGUGCAUCCAAGGGGGAUCAUAGAGGAUCUGCUAGUUAAUAUAGGUGCAUUCACAUAUCCUGUCGAUUUUGUUAUUCUUGAUAUACAUGAGGAUGUGGAUGUGCCUUUGAUUCUGGGUAGACCAUUUCUUGCCACCGCCAAGGCAAUUAUUGAUGUGCAUGAUGGUAAACUGAUCCUGCGUGCUGAGAAUGAACAUGCUACUUUUUCUGUGACUGAAUUCGAUCACUGUGCUAUGAUUGCUGUCACACUUGUGCAUGCCAUUUUUGAUCAGGUACACGAGCCUGUCGUGUAUCCUCCUGCACCUCUCAUUUUGCAGGACCCUCCUAUCAUUCCUUCGCCGCCACCCCAUCCAGUCUCGCCUCCGAACAAAAAGAUCAAGGAGGAGUGGCGGCCGAAGCAGCAGGUUGCUAAGCCUGCACGGAAGAAGGGUGGAGACCACUAUGAGCUGGUCCCACCUCCUGCACCACGACCACCCUGGCCGUCCGGGUACUCACUCGCCUGCAUCUUGCCAGAUGGCCAGGUCGAGCUGACCGAUGAUGGUGGUCGCAUCUGUCGGGUGCAUGGCCACAACCUGAAGCUGUACCUCAAGAGCGACGUGGAUCCGCUCUUGGAGGCACCUGUUCCUGCACCUCCCUGAGUAUCCACCAUGGGCGUCCAGCUAAAAGACGGUAAAGAAGCGCUUGUGGGGAGGCAACCCCACCACGGUUUGACUUUCUUUCUUGUGUUUUGAGUCGGAUUGUAAACCGGUUUGGUUUUGGUUUGUUUUCUUUUGUUUUGGAUGAUGUAUUAUUGGGCUGACCAUUGGACCUAACAUAUUGUGUUUGAGCUCUUUGGUUUCCUUUAGCUGUGCUUGUCUUGACUGGUCCUCUCUCCAGUCCGCUUCACUCCGACUGGUCCGCUUCUAGUCUCCUGCAGUCCGUGCAUACCGGUAACAUCGUUCCCCUUUACCUUCCCUCUUCUCCAUUGAGGGCAAUGUCGAUCUUAAGUGUGGGGGGGGGGUGUUUAUCUUUUGAAUGCAUUAGAUCUGUUUGUGUGCUUGGAGCCUAGUCCACUGUCCAAAUCUUGAGAAUUGAGGGCUCCAAGCACGGCUGUUUGCUUGAUAUUUGAUCGUAUUGGCACUGUGGAUGUGAUUAGUGAAUUGAAUGGCUUUUGACUUGAUACAUGACAACUUGAGUGUGACUUAGACAACUUACUGUGAUGACUGAGAUGUGCAGUAGAAUUGUGUAGGGGUUCAGUUUUUUAACUGUUUGCUUACCAAAUGUGACUUGGUUUGAUCACUUGCUUUUGACAGUCAUUUAUGCAUCUAGUUCAGGGAAUCAGAACGAGAGAUAGAGCAUAUAGGUAGCCAUGUGAGACUUGAGCCUGCUCGUUUCUUUCUUGUGCGAUAGUUCCCUCUUCCAUGAUGUGCAGCAUUCACGUUGUCAUUAGCUAAGAUGAUGGAGGCAUAGGAUUAUCCCACGACCAAAUUGACUGUCCUGGUGUGUCAUACCCCCUAGUCAGCCCCAUUGAGCCGUGUGUUACCCUUUCUUUCGGUCAAUAUGAAAAAAUCACCCUUUUGCAUCUCUUAGAAGGUUCCACAGAGUGAUUUUUACAUGUUCUCUGCUGUUUCUGCUUAAUAUAAUGUGAGGGUUGGAGGUAGUUCUUAAAAAGUUGGGCAGGUGCUUGAAAAAUGUGCAGAGGUGGUGGUUCUCUUAAGAAAUGAAAAAAAAAUGA